CCGAACCAUACCAAAGGUCAAAAUUGUCCGAAAGUGUAAAACCUUCCAAUAAUUGGGAGAUUCCAUUCUACACGAACCACGCUCGUCUCCUCCGAUUUUACUUUUCGCUCUCUUUUCAAAAAACCCAAGUACAAUAAAUAAAACAAAUCCGCCGUUCACCGGAAUCCGGUAGUCACGUAGUUAGGUUAGUUUCCCUUCUUAUCGCCGUCUUUGAUUCGCAACCGGUUUAGGGUUUCCGUUUGUUUUCUUGAUGAAACCCUGAAGGCAAGAAAGGGGAAAUUUUUUUUGGUAAAUUACUGUACAGCAGCUUUAAUCAAUGUUUACCCCUCAAAAGAAUUCUUGGUCGGCGUUGUCGCUUACACCUAGAGGAGAUGCCGCAACUUCCGCAAGAAGCGGUUUGGGUGGCAGAAUGUCGGCAUCAAACCCUAAAAAUAAUUUGGGGAAAGGGAAGGCCGUGGCGUAUUUUGAUGGCCCGCCUCCGCCGCCUGUGUGUUUGUUGAGUGAAAAUGGGGAGAUGGAUGACGGCGAUGGCGAAAACAUGGAAGAUUGGAGGAGGUUUAAAGAAGCUGGAUUGUUGGACGAAGUUUCGCUGGAGAGGCGCGAUAAAGCCGCUUUACUUGAGAGAGUCUCCAAGCUCGAAAAUGAGUUACUUGACUAUCAGCAUUGUAUGGGACUACUUUUGAUCGAGAAGAAGGAAUGGACAGCUAAGUUUGAUGAACUCAGAGAAUCUCUUGCAGAAGGUGAGGAAGAACUAAAACGCGAGCGAGCAGCGCAUCUGAUUGCUCUUGCUGAAGCUGAGAAGCGAGAAGAUAAUCUGAGAAAAGCAUUAAAUACAGAAAAGCAAUGCGUCGCUGAUUUGGAGAAGGCUUUACGAGAAAGUCGUGUAGAGUAUGACCAGAUCAAGCUUAAUUUGGGCUCAAAGCUUUCUGAUGCUAAUGCGUUGAUGUCUGAAGCUAACAAGAAGUAUUUUGAAGUGGAGGAGAAAUGGACUGCAGCUGAUGCAAAACUUACUGAGGCAAGCCGAAAGGCUUUGGAAUUGGAUAAGAAACUUCUUGAAAUUGAGACUCGGGAAAGUGUGCUCAGAAAGCAGCGGAUGUCUUUGAAGGCAGAGCAAGAAGCACAUGAAGCUAAAAUUUCAAAGCAUAAGGAAGAUAUGAGGGAGUGGGAAAAAAAGUUGCAAGAAACAGAAGAGAGACAGUGUGAAGGGCGGAGGUCACUUAAUGAGAAAGAAGAAAGAGCAAAUGAAUUUGACAAGAUUCUUAAGCAGAGGGAGAAGAAACUUGAAGAAGAAGUUGAGAAGAUCAAUCUUGCCAAUUUGGCAGUGAAAUCAAAGGAAGAGAAUUUAAAAAGGAAACUGGAACUUUUAUGUGUGAAUGAGGAAAAAGCUGAGUCGAUGCGGAAGGAACUAGAAGCAAAAGAGAAAGAGUUGAGUAGUUUAGCAGAGAAACUUAACACCAAAGAAAGAGUGGAAAUUCAGAAGCUUCUUGAUGAGCAGCGGAGAAAUCAGGAUCUGGAAAAACGGCAGUUUGAGACUGAAUUGGAAAACAGAAGAAAACUGCUUGAUGAGGAGUUGAAGGAAAAGGCUGAUGCUUUGGAUAAGAAGGAAGCCGAAAUUUCCCAUGAGGAGGAAAAGCUAAGAAAAAGGGAGCUAGCUGUAGAAAGUAAGUCUGACAGAAUCAAAGAGAAAGAAAAGGACAUUGAAGCAAAGCUUAAAAUUUUGAAGGAAAAGGAGAAGUCAAUGAAGGACGAGGAGAAGUGUUUGGAUUCAAUUAUGAAAGAAAUAGCUUCUGAGAAGGAUAGUUUACAAGUCCUCAAACUGGAACUUGAAAAGAUGAAAGCUGAAAUUAGCCAAAAGCAACUAAAAAUUCAAGAAGAAAUUGAAAAUCUUAGAGUGACAGAUGCAGAUAGGAGAGAGCAUACAAGGCUGCAAAAUGAAUUGAAAGCAGAAAUCGAGAAGUGCAUGGUCAAGAAAGAGUUACUCCUGAAAGAGGAGGAUGAUCUGAAACAAGACAGGAAGAAAUUUGAGGAAGAAUGGGAGGCUUUGGAUGAGAAGAGAGUAGUUGUCAUCCAUGAGUUGCAGCAGCUUGAAGAAGCAAAAGAAAGGCUUCAAAAGAUGCGACACGUGGAAGAGGAGAAAUUGCAGAGUGAAAAGAUUGCCACCAAGGAGUACAUUGAGAGGGAGUUGGAGGCUCUCAACUUGGAGAAGGAAUCUUUUGCUGCUAAUAUGAGACAUGAGCAAUCUGCAUUAACUGAAAGAUCCAGGAACGAGCAUGAUCAACUGCAGCGUGAGUAUGAGGCUUUAAGAAGGGAUCUAGAGAUUAACAUGCUGAAAAAGCAAGAGGAAAUGGAGAAAACAUUGCAGGAGAAAGAGAGAAUGUUUGAAGUGGAAAGAGAUGCAUCACUUAGGAACAUCCACGAUCAAAAGGAGAAAGUAAUGAAGGAAAUUGAAGAUUUGAGCUCCGAGAGGAACAGAAUUAAGAAGGAUCGUCAUGAUAUUGCUGUGAACAGAAAGCAACUGGAAGAGCAGCGAAUUGAAAUGGGGAAGGACAGUAAUGAACUUUUCAUACUUAGCAAGAAACUGAAGGAUCAGCGUGAAAGUUUUAUUCAGCAGAGGGGUCGAUUUCUUGCAUUUAUUGAGAGGCUCAAGUACUGUAAAGACUGUGGAGAGAUUGCCCAGAGUUAUGUUCUUGCUGACCUCCAGUUAGCUGAACUUGAACAUAAAGAAAUUUCUCCUCUACCAGUGAUCGGUGAUGAGCUUUUGGAGAAAGUUUCUUCUUAUGGAACAACUUUAGGAAGAUCAGGUACUGAUGUUGAUGUCAAGUCUUCAGAAUCUGGUGGACGUGUUUCUUGGCUUCGGAAAUGCACGUCGAAGAUUUUUAAAUUUUCACCUACAGGAAUUAAGCAUUUGGCAUCAGAAAGCACUGAGAGAGCAGUGGCUGCAGUGGCUUCUGAGGAAAAAACUGAAGAACCUACUAUUGCUGAAAACAUAACACCUAUUGAUUUUGAAGAGGAGCAAUCUGUUGGAAUUGGUGGAUUGGGUGAUGAGCAAACAAAUGGGGAUGGUAGGGAUGAGCAAGGUGUAGAGGAUUCCCACCAGUCUGAGCAGAGUAGUCGUCUUCAGAAACCUGGGAAGAAUUCUACGCGCGGGCCUCGUAGGACAAAGUCUGUUAAAGCAGUUGUUGAAGACGCUGCAAAAUUUUUGGGUAAGACCUCAGAAUUACCUGCUACAGCUGAAGAGCAGGGAAAGGAUGUGCCAUAUGUUAAUAAUGAAAGUAGGGCAGAAUCAAGUUUUGCCGACAAAGGUGCUAGAAAGAGGGCACGGGCACAAAGUUCUGUUAUGACGGGGAAUGAUCUUGAUGCCGAAGGAAGUGAAGGGCAGUCAGAAAGUGUUACAGUAGGUGGUCGCCGGAAGAGAAGGCAAACAACUGCUCCUUCAUCAAACACAGGGGAGAUGCGUUACAAUCUUAGGCGACCUAGAACUGUAAGCACGGCUGUAGCACCACAGGCUUCCGUUGAUAGCAAGAAGAGGACUGAAGCAACUGAAGAUGUUGAUGGUGCUAGUUUAGAACCAGCACAAAAUGCUGAGGUUACAUCUAGACCAGUGUUGGAAAUCGCGAGUGGCAACCAUGAUUUCAGACCAUUGGUUCAAGUUACAUCAUAUAAACGUGUUGAAACUCAACAAAUCUCAUCUCACCGUGUUAGGGUAAAAAGACUAUGAUCAUUUGUCCUUAAAAAAUUACAGGUUGUCACUAUCAUAGGUCAUCAUACAAACAUGAGUCUGUAUUUUCUCGCUCUUCUGCAGUUUGGAACGCCAGAUGAUGGUGCAGGGGGUAAUGCCAAUGCUACGGAAGUUGAAAUUGUAGACAUCGGUGAUAAUACGAACUGUGCACCUGAGCACAAUGAUGAAGAUGAGUGUGGAAGUACCUUGCCAGGCGAUGAAGAAACUGAUGAUGCAGACUAUGGGGGAGAUGAUGGCGGGGAUGAUAAUGAUGAUGGAGGAGAUGAAGAUUCUCAGCAUCCUGGUGAAGUGUCAAUUGGAAAGAAAAUUUGGAAUUUCAUGACAACAUGAUGACUUCCUCGUCUGGUAGUUUUCAUUUACCUGAAGGUAGUAUUUGGUUUAGAAAUCAGUUUAGACACGAGCAAGCUUCCUGUUGAUCUGUUGAUUUAGAAGUAGGUCUUUUUUCAAUCAGGUUCGUAGUGAAGAUUAAUCUGCUGCAUUUAACAGAAAGCCGAUUGUAGUUGAUCUUCGUAUAGAUGUCUGUGGAGUUCAUAUUCUUGUUCCAUAUUAUCUUUGGUCCCGAAAUCGUUAAUUAGCAAUCAAAUAAAUACUUUACUUCUUUGCAACUUAUUGUUGUUCCUGAUUAGAGUGAUGGGGCCUGG